GGCCGGGACAGGGGCGGCGGCGGCGGCGGGCCGGGCCCCGGGAUGGCGAUGUUCCGCAGCCUGGUGGCCUCGGCUCAGCAGCGGCAGCCGCCGGGCGGGCCCGCGGGCGGUGACAGCGGCCUGGAGGCGCAGUACAGCUGCCCCAUCUGCCUGGAAGUCUACCAUCGGCCCGUGGCCAUCGGCAGCUGCGGACACACGUUCUGCGGGGAGUGCCUCCAGCCGUGCCUGCAGGUGCCGUCCCCCCUGUGCCCACUGUGCCGCCUGCCCUUCGACCCCAAGAAAGUGGACAAGGCCGCCCACGUGGAGAAGCAGCUUUCGUCCUACAAGGCACCCUGCCGGGGCUGCAGUAAGAAGGUGACGCUGGCCAAGAUGAGGGUGCACGUUGCCUCCUGCGUGAAGGUCCAGGAGCAGAUGGCCAACUGUCCCAAGUUCGUCCCCGUGGUGCCCACGUCCCAGCCCAUCCCCAGCGCCGUCCCCAACAGGUCCACCUUCGCCUGCCCUUACUGUGGUGCCCGCAACCUGGACCAGCAGGAGCUGGUGAAGCACUGCGUGGACGGCCACCGUGGCGACCCCAACCGCGUGGUGUGUCCCAUCUGCGCGGCCAUGCCCUGGGGCGACCCGAGCUACAAGAGCGCCAACUUUCUGCAGCACCUGCUCCAUCGGCACAAGUUCUCCUACGACACCUUCGUGACCCUCCUGCAGGCCCUCCCCUCCUGUGCGCCCCCAGCCCUGCUAUGCUUGUCCCCCGCCAGCCUCCAGGCACCAGACCCUGUGGAGUCGACCCCUCCGCUCCUCCGCCUGUGCCUGGUCCUGAUGGGUGGAUGCCACGGGGAUCCCUGGCUUCUCUGCUCAUCUCAAGCCCCGUUCUUGAGUCUGAGGGGAAAGGACAGCUCCGAUUCCGGGCAUCCAGCCUGCGCAGCCCGCCCAGCCCUCAGUCACUGGGCGUGGUGUCCUCGGGGCGGCUCGCUGCGCGGGCCUCGGGGCAGCCAGACCAUCCCCACAGAGCGGUCGCCACACAGUGCCCGGGACCCCGUGACCGUGCGGGGCCAAAGGGGGGCGGGGAGACCGGACGCGGCAGAGCCGGUCUGUUUGAGGUGACUGGACCAGGGCGGGGGGGGUCGCCCUGAGAGGCCCCGGCGUCCCCGGCCCAGCUCCGCUCCCUGUCUUCCAGGACUACAGCAUCGACGAGGAGGCCGCCUUCCAGGCCGCCCUGGCCCUGUCUCUCUCCGAGAACUGAAGGCGGGGCCACUGGCCCAGCCCUCCCGCCUCGAGGGACAGGCCCUGCCAGCUCCUGCGGCCCAGGCCUGCCUGGGAAGGCGCCUCGAGGGCCAGGGGGAGCCUCACUGCUGCAGGAGGAGAGGCCGCGUCCCCGUCGUCACCGGCUCUUCGGUGCUUCGGGCUGAGCAGGUGGCCUCGGGGGGCCGGCCACUGGGACGGAGUGUGGCCACUGUCUGUGUCUCAAAGCCAUGAUGUCCUCCCUGCAGAGAGGACCCUUCAGGCCCUGCCGCGUCCACAGGCCCCGGCACUGAGCAGGGAAGCGCGGAGGGGGCCCCGGCCCAGCACCUGGCAACGCUUCCCCCUCGCGUGCUCGGUACUGGCUUUUGUGAUACCUAGAGGUUCCACGCUUUUCUAUAUUAUCCGGUGUGAUGACCUUUUCACGUUUUCUAGAGCAAAGACAGAGCAGUUACCCUUCAUAUUGCAAUAUCUGUGUUUGACUAGGAAUAAUAGUAUUUUUAUGGAACGUUUACAAAAUUAUAUUUUUUAAAAAAAAAAACAAUAAAAAACGAACGGUUGUGGGAUUGGUAGGGGGAGGGGAGGAGAGACGGGGCAAUCGCUGUGUGCGGGGACCGAGGUGGCCACGUCCCCAGGUCACCUUGCCGUUCCCCAGGGUCACUGUGAUAAUAACGGGAAGAAAUCCCAACGCCCGGCCACUUGCAGUGGCGCUGUGUCUGCUCCUGGCCUCCCGCCUGGGUCUUGGCCUCGGCCCUGCUGUCACUGUUCCAAAGCUGACCACCUCCCGCCCCCGGCAGGGCCACCCCCGGCAGUGGCAGAGCGUGGGGGCCGGGGCGGGGGCCGGGGCCAGGCAGUGCAGAAGAUACUCAUCGGCACCCUCGUUUGGUUCAUGGCAUAAAUUAUUGCUGUCUUUAAAAAAAAUUUAAAUAAAAUGUCUCAAAGCA